UUAUCAAAUUUAAGUCAACCACGAUUUCUCCUUUCUAGAACGACAACAUACCAGCAAGUACCACAAGAUACACGCAGACUACGAGUCCUCACCAACCAUGACAUCGCUAUUCCUUAAUGUGUCCUCCACCUUUUCGCGCAAGCGGAGCAAUGCCACACCCGAAAGACACGAUGACGACGAAGAGUAUCUUUCCUCGGAUUUGGAGCUUUCCUUUGCGUCCACAGUGUCUUUGAACUCUCCACCCAAGGAGCCAGUUGCGUUGAUGCCUGAGAGCGAGUACGGAGUUCCAAUGGACAUAUCACCGGCGCCGCCCAAAUUCCAACCAACUAAAGCCGCUACUCGUCCUCGAGCUUUCACCAGCGCCGCUUCAACUCGUGUGUUCGGCAGUGAUGUCAGUAACUGCACGGACCAAACGUCUUCUCAGCGAGGUCCCUCUAGCUCUACUCAUUCAGGUUCGAAACGAACUCAACGAUCUGCAUUGCCCAUGGAAUGGCUUAUGGCAAGCCCUAUCGAAGAUGCGUCAACAUCGAAUCAGGAUAGUAAUUUCCUCUCAAUGUUGGAACCUGCUUCACCCAUGGACGUGGAUUCGUCGUUUGCCGAAGAGAAUAACCCAGCCACUUCAUCUCCUCUGGCGUCCUCCGCGACGAUCACCAACUUCAACAACCUUUUCUAUGAGAAUGCAUCUCCAGGAUCUACGUGUUUUGAAAGCCCUACAAUCCGCCUUCCUAAAAAGCGGCGUUCUUUCUCUCCUUUGACUGGUGUCUCUGAUAGAGAGGCUGCGUCAUCAUCCCCGGGGUUACCAUCUUCGCCCUCGGACCGCAAGUUGGGCAGAAUAGUGAGCGGUCCGAUACUGUUUGGCGGUAGUAAAUCGUCCCUGUCUGGUACCAGCCCUUCAGCUGUAAACGCACUCAAGAGACCCCGCAGGCCCGCUCUUUCUGCGUUAGUACACCCAUCUCAGGCGAAUGCUAUCAUUACCUCGGCAUAUCCUAUUCUUUCCUCUGACGACCACUCGAACGAGGACAAAUCAGAAAGGCAGCUUCCGCCCGCGCGUCGCGCAUUCUCUGCCAUGAUUGCUCCGUCCGCUUUGGUAGACUUCUCAGAUGAAUCUUUCGAUGGCCUGGAUGGCUCUUCUCCUGCCCAAGCGUACGCCCAGCGUCAACAAGUGAAGACAAUCCGACGCUGUGACGGGACCGAUGACUUCUGGCCGUUAACUGGGGCCACUGCCAUGGUCAUGCAAGAAAGUCCUUCUGCGAAGUUCAUGUGUUCGGGGAUGCCUGGCUUUGGGGACAACGAACUCAUGGGCAAGAUAUUACCCUGCCAUCGAGUUUCAGAGGACGGUUUGAUGAGAAUAACGGUUGACACGCUCGACGAUCUACUGGAUGGCGUCUACGACUCCCAGAUACAAGACUUCCGCAUUGUUGAUUGUCGUUUUGAUUAUGAAUACCAGGGUGGCCACGUCCCAGGUGCUAUCAACGUCAACACGACGAGCGCCGUUGAAGAACAACUGCUCGGACCGAUUGUACCGAAGCCCAAGCCAAGUGUUAGCGGCGAUAAUACCGCAAAAACAAUUUUGGUUUUCCACUGCGAAUUUAGCGCUAAGCGCGCACCCACUUUCGCCAAACAUCUGCGUUCCAAAGACCGCUCUAUGAACCAUCACGUGUACCCGAAGGUCCACUAUCCUGAGGUCUACAUUCUGGAGGGCGGAUAUUGCAAGUAUUUCCAGACGUCUCGGUGCAGACCUUCUGGUUACACUCCGAUGGAUGAUCCCACUCAUGCUGCGUCACGUCGAGAAGACCUUGACCAGUUCCGCAAAGCAAAGUUUGGUCGUCACAAGUCUUAUGCGUACGGGGACGGAAACAAUAGGAUGUCUUCUUCUGGUCUGUCUUUACCAGCUCCCAAGAGAAACACAGCGCCAAGCGGAGGAAAUGCCCAUGUAUUUGCGGCUGCCACUGCUGCACGCAGUCGGCGCGGAGGAGCCAGCGCGACCUUGUCCACCCUUGCUGAAGACAGCAUGACAACUGCCGACGGCGACGAUACUGACACCGAUAUUGGCGAUAGCCCUUGUCCUCCUCCUCCUACCAAAGGCAAGAAAGGUCGUGGCUCCUUGUCCAGAGCAGAAACGUAUGGACCGUCCAAGAUGCCGUUCUAACUCUGCUUCUGCUGCGCCACAAGAUGAUCAAUGACCUGGUUAUGAUUCCAGAGACGCUUUGCACCGACUUUAAAGUUAUGAACCACGAAUUCGAAACUGACACUGCAAUGUUCAACGCCCCCGUAGAGAAGGGCGCGUCGCUCCUUAUAUCGCACGCUCGUUUUAUGCCCUUCGUCUUGCAGCCAUUUCACCACACUCUGUCCCUUUGGCGGACAGCUUGGAAACCCCCGUCAUCGCAUUCGAUUUUGAAGCAUACAAUGCACAUUCAACCACCUAGGCGGUUAUUCAUUCAUCUCUCCCAAUUUCUCAUUCGAAUCUCAUGGACAUUCCAAUUUAUCUAUUAAAGUAACUCAUUUUUCCAUACAU